AUGUCAUUUUGUCCCCAUCAUCUCCUGCGUUCCCGCUUCAGCGCCGGGCUACAGUCCCGUGCUCCGAAACAUAGGUUGCGUCUAGGGCAUUGGUAUCGCCAAAGUGCGAAAUUUCCAACAGUACGACAUGUCACGAAUCAUGCGUCGACAUCGAAUAUUCCACAUCAUUGUGCAUAUGACUCUGUUGGCAACGAUCUAACCCCUCGGUCUGACUCUAAUCCAGCUUUAAUUCGCGAACCGAGAGACACCCGGACUGAGGUUAAAGCUCAUAGCCUUCAAGAUGCAGUUCCUCAUCCAGUUCAGGAAUUCGAGGAUGAAAUCGCAGGGGGCUCAUCAUUAUCACAUCUAGAUGGCAUUCCUGGCCCUUCCAUAUCGUCAUCUGGAGAAAAGGGUCACAAUAAUCAGGAGCGCAAAUUCGUCUAUGCUACCCGUACCGUGGUCGACGGGAAGGCGAAGUAUAUCUACAAGACGAGACAGGUGAGCCAGGAGACGUAUGAUUUUCAUCAGAGCAUAAAGAUGAGAUCAUUAUGCUACGAUCGCGAAGAGAUCCAUUCAUGGAGAACCACUUAUAGUAAAAUAUAUCGAGCUGCGCUUUCCGACAUGGAUAUACAAGGGUUUCCCGCGUCGCUGAUGCUCGAUGAUGCCGAUUUAAGUCUACUCGAGAAGAUCAAAACAGACUGCUUGGGUAGGUUCCGUGAGGCUUGGGAUGCAUUGGACAAAUCCACAAAGGCUCUACACUGGAAGCGUUUAUCAUUAUGGCUGUUACAAAAUGCCCCGCAUCUGGCCUUGGAAUUUCUCCUUGUUACCUGCCAAAGUGCGGACAAGCCUUUGUUCGUCAUGGUUUCGGAUUGCUUCCUCUUUCUAGAUAAAUACCAUGCCGGUGAAUUUCAACACUGGGAAAAAGGGGGCCACAAAUACGUGUCCAUUCUACUUACUUGUCUAGACCCAAGCAAUUGGCCUGUUGCGCAUCUUACGCAAAAGGGCGUCCGGCUCUACUUGAAGAAGGCUGGUCCCGAGGAGCUUUACCAUGCCUGGGCCAUCGUGGAUGAAAGGAGGAAUCAUAUAGUAUCCGAGACGUGGCUUUGCUUUAUGCGCCGGUUUACGGAACUCGGGGAUAUCUAUAAAUCAUUAGAGGCACUUGAACUUGUGCGGAGACGGGAGCAGGAUAAUUUUUUGAUGGAUUCUCAAGGAGUUAUGCGUCACUGUUGCAAACUUCUAUUACUCGACUCUGUUCAGGAUACUCCGAAUGGGCGCAAUUUCUAUAUCCUACCCAAGCUUCUCAAAAUGGGGGUGCGACCUGAUCGGGAUAUGAUGAAUAUAGUUCUAUCCAACGCUUUCAAGACCGGUGAUCCGCAGGUGGGAUUCGAUAUGUUCCGUUUCAUGAGACGGCAGUCGCUCGAGCCUGAUUCGUUUACCUACUUAACCUUGCUUAGCGACGCGGUGACUCGUGGUGAUCGAGAGCGUGUUCAAUCACUGAUACAAGAUAUUAGAGCACGUGGGCUGGAGAAGAACGAUUGGAUUGCGAGCAAGAUAUUUCACGCUCAUUUUACUUUCAAUGCCAAGCACCAUGAUCCAAAUGACGACCCCAAUGGAGUUUUUUACUCACUACUGGAUAUGUACAAUCAGUUAUAUGACAUCACGCCGUUAAAGGAGCUUUCUAUCAUUCCGCCAGAAUACACCCCUCCCCCGGGAGGUGAUAAUCUCCAACCAUCUCUCAUUGCUCUGUACCUGAUGAUCGCGACCUAUCUACGGUGCCAGAAACGCAUAUCCCACGCUCAUCGCGUCUACACUAAAUUCAAAACCCUUGUCUCACGGGACCACCCAGUCAUAGCUCCACUAGCCUCCACCGACCAUACUUACAACGAGUUUUUGGUAGCUUUUCGGGAUGAUCCUCGCGGGCUGCGACCGGCUGUGCGACUAGUAGAGGAUAUGCUGCACUCUUCUAACCAAGACCGGGAACUCGACGAUGGGGUUACCGUUCAUGGCAAACCAUCAGUUCGGACUUGGACAGUCCUGAUGAGCGCCUUCACCUUCAAUAAACAGCCACUUGCCGCGGAGAAGGUUCGGGAGAUGAUGGCCAAACACCGAGUAGAAUAUAACCAGGUUACCUGGAACACAGUCAUCAACACCUAUGCAAACGCGCAAAAUACUGCUGAGGUUGCAAAGUCAAUUAAGGCCAUGGAAGCUCAAGGCUAUUCUAUGGAUUCAUAUACAAUGAAAUGUCUCCGCUACCUCCAAGAUCCAGAGCGCCUAUGGAUUGCGGUAGAAGAACUGGACAAGGCGACGGACGCUCGCCACGAUAUGAUGGCCUCUUCUGAUCAGAGGCCUUUGGCGGAGCAUGAAUUGGGUGAAGAUGAGCAUCUGUUGGAGCAAGGCUUGCAACGUCUGUGCGAAAGAAAGGAGUCUGCCCGUUGA